AUGGGGCUGCCCCCGCCAGGGCUGUGGCUGAAGAGGCUCUGGGUGCUCUUUCAGGUGGGCCUGCACGUGGCCAUGGGCAAAGUGCUGCUGACACUGUUUCCCGGGAGAGUCAAGCAGAACAUCCUGGCCAUGAGUGAGAAGACUGGCAUGGCCAAGAAUCCCCACUUCUCCUAUGAAAACUGGAUCCCCACUUUCUUCAGUGCCCAGUAUUUCUGGUUCAUCCUGAAGGUCCGUUGGCAGCGACUGGAGGACAUGACAGAGCAAGGGGGUCUAGCCCCAAACUGCCCCGUGGUCCACCUGUCAGGACAGAGGUGCAACAUCUGGGACUUCAUGCAAGGCAACAGGCCAUUGGUGCUGAAUUUUGGAAGUUGCACCUGACCUUCAUUUAUUUUCAAGUUUGACCAAUUCAAGAGACUUAUUGAAGAUUUUAGUUCCAUAGCAGAUUUUCUCAUCAUUUACAUUGAAGAAGCACAUGCAUCAGAUGGCUGGGCUUUUAAGAACAACGUGGACAUCAAGAAUCACCAGCAUCUCCAGGACCGCCUGCGGGCAGCCCGCCUGCUGCUGGACAGGAGCCCCCAGUGCCCCGUGGUGGUGGACACAAUGAAAAACCAGAGCAGUCAGCUCUACGCAGCGCUGCCUGAGAGGCUGUACGUGCUCCAGGACGGCAGGGUCCUGUACAAGGGUAAACCUGGCCCUUGGAACUACCAUCCAGAAGAAGUUCGUGCUGUUCUGGAAAAGCUCCACAGUUAA